AGUGUUAAAAACCCACCAAUCCAUUCAAGGAUGGGAAAAAUGGGAUCUUCAAUGGCUCCUAUUCUUUUUGCUGCCUUUGUUGCUCUCCUUUCCCUAACUCUGCCGUCCACUACCAAUGCUAAUUAUAUCUACGCUUCUCCUCCUCCACCUAAGAAGGUAUAUUACCCGCCUCCAGUAUACCAUUCUCCUCCACCACCCAAGAAAUCAUACUCCACUCCAGUGUAUCACUCUCCACCACCACCCAAGAAGGUUUACUAUCCACCACCAGUUUACUCUCCACCACCACCAAAGAAGGUGUAUUACCCACCUCCUGUCUACAAGUCUCCUCCGCCACCCAAGAAGGUUUAUUACCCACCUCCCGUCUACAAGUCUCCUCCGCCACCUAAGAAGGUGUACCCACCUCCCGUCUACAAGUCUCCCCCGCCCCAGAAGGUGUACUACCCACCUCCCGUCUACAAGUCUCCCCCACCUCCCAAGAAGGUGUACCCCACCUCCGUCUACAAGUCUCCCCCACCUCCCAAGAAGGUAUUACCUCCUCCCGUCUAUAAGUCUCCUCCACCACCAAAGAAGGUAUACUACCCACCUCCAGUCUACAAGUCUCCCCCACCUCCCAAGAAGGUAUACUACCCUCCUCCCGUCUACUCUCCACCACCACCAAAGAAAGUAUACUAUCCACCUCCCGUCUACUCUCCACCACCACCAGUAUACCACUCCCCCACCUCCGGUCUAUCAUUCUCCACCACCACCAGUAUACCAUUCCCCACCACCUCCCGUUUAUUACUACUCAUCGCCACCGCCACCUCCACACUACUAGGAAUUAAAUGUCCUAGGUCAAGGGAUCUGAAGAUGAGAAUAUAUAUAUGUGGAAGUCAAAAUAAGAGGGUUUUGUUUGAAAGAUUUGAAGCACACAGUGUGAAUUUUAGUUUGGUUCAAUAGGGGAAAUGAAAGGAAUCAAUCUCUAUAGUAUAUUUGGUGUUUCUUUUUCAUAUAUUACUAUUGAUAUUAUUAUAUUACAGCUUUCCAAUAUUAUUAUUGCAGGUUUUAAAUCAAAUCACAUGUAUUUGCUUUGUAAAACGGCUUUACUUCUCAUGUACUGUCUUUAUCUGUAAUGAAUCUUAGCUCAUCCUUUUUUGCUCAAAGCAGAGGUUGUGCUAUACUUAAUAGCUUAAUAAAUGCAUUUUCAUCACUUUUAAUUU